UUAUUUUCCUCUGACGACUCUGUCACCCCCUAAGAAGGGAAAACGAAACAUAUUUUGCUCAGCGAUCUGGCUGUAAUAUGUUGUAAAAUGGACCAAAUAGAAAGCUCAAAUUUCUCUACAGCUGAGGAAGAUGAAUCUGCGAAGAAAUUAGUAUGGUGUUUGACACGAGUCGGGAAAGAUUUGGACUGGCUCCGCUUGUUCGAGAAUACAGAGGUCACAAUUGGACGUGGCUUAAAUGUCACUCACCAGCUCGUGUCCCCAAGCUGCCCCCUAAUGAUAUCCAGAAUGCACUGUAUGUUCAAGCAACGAGACGGAGGCCAAUGGACGGUGACCGAUAAGAAGAGCCUUAAUGGUGUGUGGGUGAAUGGAGAACGAAUUCCUGUGGACAAAGCUCACCCGCUGAGGCUUGGGGACUCGAUAAAGUUGGGGGUGCCCAUCGUCGGCACCAAAGUGGAGUAUGAGUACAUACUUGUUCGGCAGCGCCUCGAGGACAUCAAACCCUAUCUAGUGACGGGACCUAGUGAAGGGGCAUGCGCCACAUCCAGAAUCAAGAAGACGAAGAGGAAAUUUAACUCUGAACUGGAGCCUUCAACCUCAUCUAAAUCCAAGCUCUACCGCCAUUCUGCCACAGAAAAGUCCCAGGGCCAGCCCUGCCCCACAGACGAGCCCCGGGACAGGCCAGGGACCAGGGUACGGGAGGAGGCCGGGCCCAGCGUGCGGCAGCAUCGGAGGCUGGACUCGCCUCUAGAGAGACCCAGCAGUCCUAGCAGGAAUCUGUCCAGCCUGCAAAUGUACAGCCAGAACAUGCUGGUGCUGUUGGAGCGGAUGAACUUCACCCAGCGGCGGGUGGAGGCCCUGGAGGGUGAGGGGCGGCGACAGCGGGACGACCCUCACCGGGAGGAGCAGGUGAGGGAGCUGCAGAGCCAGCUGGAGAUGCUGAGGGGCCAGCUGCACAGGAUGGAGUUGUUGGAGAGGUCCAUCAGCGAGACUGAGAACCGCCUGGAGGUGCAAAAAACACAGCAUGAAGAGGAGGGUUUGACAAAACAGUUGGAGGAGAAGGGUUUGAAAAAGCAGCUGGAGGAGGCAUUGCAAGAGCAAAGAAAAGUCAUAGAGGAACUUGCACUCUCUCGACAAGGCUUCGAGGACGUCCUCAAGGCCAAAGACAAAGAGCUGGAGGUGACAAAGGAAGAGAAGGAGAGGGCGAGAACUCAAAAGGAGGAAGUGGUAACACAAAUGACGGAGGUGCUGGAGAACGAACUUCAAUGCAUCAUUUGUUCUGAGCUCUUCAUUAGGGCGGUGACCCUUAACUGCGCCCACAGCUUCUGCCUGCACUGCAUCAGUGAGUGGCGCAAGCGGAAGAACGAGUGCCCCAUCUGCCGGCAGGCCAUCCUGUCUCAGACCCGCUCGCUGGUGCUGGACAACUGCAUUGAUCGCAUGGUGGAGCAGCUCAGCCCAGACAUGAAGCAGAGACGACUGGUGCUCAUCACUGAGAGGAAAGGUGAGAGCCAGAGGAGGUGAUGGUGAUCCACGACGACGACAGUAGUAGUAGUAGUAGUAGCAGCAGCAGUAGCAGCAGUAGUAGCAGCAGCAGUAACAGUGACCUCUUCAUGGAUAGCUUCAGCUCCGUCAUCUCCCUGGAAGGGAGCAUCAUUUGGAGCUCCAGCCCUGCAUCUUAUAUCAGUGAUGAUUCAGAUGUGGACAAUGAUCUUUAGCCAAUUUGACGUUGGGUGUUUCACGUAACUUUUUUUCUUUCUUUUUUCUGUUACACGCAUUGUCCUGUAAGGUUGUCAGACGGCCGUGGAGAGUGCAGAGGAAAAAGCCAGUCCUUGACAGGAAACUAAGGCACUCAAUAUUGUACGAUUAAAUUACGUUAGUGUUCAUAUAUUUGGUAACAGUGUCUUUUUCUUUUUUGUGUUCAUUUAUUUUCCCAUUGAAACAGAAUAAAGUUUCUUCAUUAAUUUGAA